UCCUCCUCCGCCUGACGUCAGCCCGUGGUCCCGCUCAGUCGCGGGCGGCCGGCGGUAGCGACGGGCAUGGCUGGGGGGCGACGGGCGGCGGGGCUCGUUGUGCACUGGGGCUGCUGCCUCCUGCUGUGCUGCGCUGCAGCCAGAGGUCUGGAGGUCUCCAUGCCGGCAGUGGUCGAAGCAGAGGCCGGGAGCACAGCCAGGAUCGAGUGCAGCUUCUACACCCCUGAGAACAGCUCCUCCACCUCUAUCAACUGGUUCUAUAUGGACCGCAACAACCGCGUGAGGCUGUGCCGCAUCGAGGGCACCCGGCUCCUGGAGGAGAACGUGGACUACAAGGGGCGGCUGUCGGUGGGGGAGGACCAGGCUCUGUCCAUCAGCAGGGUGACGGUGCAGGAUGCCAGGACCUUCGUGUGCCAGGUGGUGGAAGGCAGCCACGUCCUGGGCGAGAACCAGACCAGGCUCCAUGUGUACAAGGUCCCCGAGGCCCCUGAGAUCGUGGCUAACACUGGAGGUGCCUCCGUGCAGAGCAGUGAGAUCCCGGAGAUUGCCCGCUGUGUGAGCAGGAAUAGCUUCCCAGCCCCUAAUAUUACAUGGCACAAGAACGGGGAGCAGCUGCAUCCGGAGGAUAACAUGGUGAAGAUGCCGUCGACACUGACACGUGAGUCGAACGGGCUGUACACUGUGAGCAGCAUCCUCUUUGCCCACGUCACCCGCGAGGACCGGCACUCCCUGUACCACUGCUCGGUGCACUACCGGCUGCGGGGCCAGCGGCGCACGGCUGAGUCACGGCGGGUCAACAUCACCGUGUUCUACCCCGCGGAGCAUGUGAAGCUGCAGGUCCUGCCCUCCUCAGCACUGGUGAAGGAAGGGGAUGAUGUGAAGCUGGUCUGUGAGGCAGACGGGAACCCGGCGCCUGUCUUCAGUUUCUUCAAGAGAGGGCUGGAUGACGUCUGGCACGACCUGUCAUCGCUGACGGACACCAGCAGUGGGGUGCUGAAUCUGCACGAUGUCAAUAAGAACAGCAGUGGCCUCUACAGAUGCCAGACCCUGGACUUGGAUGAUAUGAGACAGCUGGAGAAGGACGUGGAGCUGGUUGUGAACUACAUUGAAGGGGUGCGUGUGAAGAUGGAGCCAUCCUCACCCCUGCGGGAAGGGGACAGCGUGAGGCUGAGCUGCAAUGCACACAGCCCUUUGUCCCUGGAUUACCAAUGGAGGGAUGAGAAGGGCAGGAUGAUUGGGAACGGGAACCAGCUCUUCCUCAGCAACCUCACCUUCGAGACCUCCAGCAACGUCAGCUGCAAGGUGAUGGCACCGAGUGUGCCGGGGCUGGAGCAGAGCAAGCGGGUGGCUGUGGCUGUGGAGGGGAAGCCUCGGAUCGUGUCCAUCAGCUCCCCCCUGUACGUGCGGCAGGAUGAGGAGGUGAACCUGACCUGUAAAGCCAUCGCUUUCCCCAGGCCCUCCGUGCACUGGAGCGUCAAUGGGACGGCUCAUGAGUACAUGGAGGACCAGCACAUCGCCAGUAACCUGACAGUGCGUGUGAGCCACGACCUGCUGCGGGCUGGAGCCAUGUGCAGGGUGUCCAAUGUGCUGGGUGUCAGCGAGGAGCACAUCCAGCUGCUGGAUCAAAAGAUCCCGGAGAGCAAAGGGGUGAUCAUUGUGGCCAUCAUCGUCUCCAUCCUCGUGGUGGCUGUGCUUGGGUCCAUCAUCUACUUCCUGCACAAGAAAGGCAAGAUCCCAUGUGGCCGCACUGGGAAACAGGACAUCACGAGGCCAGAGGCACGUAAAGACAAGAUUGUAGUAGAAGUUAAGUCAGAUAAAGUGUCCGAAGAGGCUGGGCUGCUGCAGGGCUCCAACGGCGAGAAGAGAGCUGCCGCUGACCAGAGCGAGAAAUACAUCGAUCUGAGAAACUAGAGAGGGCCUGAAGCUACCAAGUGCUUUCUUCCUUCGAACCUUUCCUGCUCUUGGAUUGCCUUGUCCCACCACCCCUGCUCCAGUACCUGGGGAGCACGGCCAGAGACAAUGACUGCGUCGUGGUGCUGAGCUCAGGACCCCUCCCUGGCUCACCUCUCUCUUACCUCAACCGUGGGCUUGCAGGUUGUUGCAUAGCAGCAGCAAAGCUGGACUUGCUUACCACUGCGGAGAAGCCAACAGGAGGCAGAAAUACCCCAUUCAAGCUGCCUGAUGGCAGGAUUGGAGGUGUUUGCAGGAAAUCUGGACACAUACAGCAAGGUUUUGAUGUGUUUUACCCCAAACUUGCUCAGCAAAGCGGGUGGAAUUGUGCUUUUGGGAUGCCCCAGGCCCCUUGGGUGCAGCAAUGUGCAGGUUAGACAAGGUGAGGAUGCAAGUGGAGGGUUAGAGCAGUGUUUGUGAGAGCAGGGAGGUGUUAGAGCUUUGCUUUCCCAUUGACCUCUUCUUGUCUUGGUUUAGCCCAGUGUGUCCUGGUGAUGCUGCACAGGACAUGAUCCUAUGGGAGGUGAGGAUGCGGUGGAGCAAGGACAGGGUGCCCAUCUCUCUGGCACAUGCCAGACUAAGGGCUUAGGGUCUCUGGUUUGUGAGACAGGAGCAGGAGGGCUUCCCUCUCCCCAUUCCCAGGAAUUGGAUUGCCUUUCGAGGGGCUGGCAACAGCAAGUCCCAGACCCCCCACAUUUAAACCUUAAGGAAUAUUAGGCCAGAGCCACUUGGCAAUGUCUCAGGGUUUGUGUUUUUCGUGCUGAACAGUUACCAGCCCCAGGUUAAACUGGUUUGUGUCUGUGCUUCGCUGGCACCAGGCAGCUUGAAUGGUGGAGAGGGGAGAUGGAUGGGCAAGCAGCCUGCCUUCCUUUUCUGCUGCCGUGGCCCUUCCCAGCCCUCCGCUGCAACAUGGCUCUCUCCUGCCUUCCUCUAGAGACAUCAGUGCCCUGCAGCCCCUUUCCUCUAAGCAGUGUACUCAGUGCUAUGCUGUCCACAAGCCCCAGCCCUUGGGGUAGCUCUCUGCAGGUGAUGGGGAGCCGCAUAGGCAGCCCCCUACCAAAGCAGCGAGCCAUACGCGUGAGCUACAAGUGUUGUCGAAGCCAGAGCUUUGGUUUAUAUAUAUUUUUGUUGGGUUGUGUGUACAUUUCCAGAAGUUUUGUCAGUUUUUUUUUAUAUAUAUGAAAAUAAAAAGUACCGAGUUCCGAGCUGA